ACCCGGAACAAGGAAGAUCAGUAUUAACUCUGCGACCUGCCUUGUGAACACAGCUGAAUAGUUCACUUAUCCUGAAUGCAUAGCAAAAACAGAUACCUCAGCUGCUACUACAACAUAUGUUAACUGUAUUUCUAAUUUUGCUUCAUAAAAAGCUUGUUUUAGCUACCUCAGAGAAGUUAUCCUUGCUAGCCAGCUGUGUUUUUGAUUCUCGACUCGCUGUGCAAAACGCCUCGACUUUGGGAAAAUGUUGUCUGGCAGAGGAGGAUCCUGGACCUUUAUUGUGUCCGCAGCAGUGACUGUGUUUCUCCUGGAUGCUGUUGUUUUUGCACAGGCGAAGAACUUUGAGGAUGUUCGCUGCAAGUGCAUCUGCCCUCCAUACAGAAACAUCACUGGCCACAUCUAUAACAGAAAUGUCUCUCAGAAGGAUUGUAACUGCCUCCAUGUAGUGGCGCCACUGCCGGUGCCUGUCCAUGAUGCGGAAGCUUACUGCCUGUUGUGUGAGUGCAAGUACGAGGAACGAAGCAGCAAUACCAUCAAGGUAACUGUCCUCAUCUACCUGUCUGUCGUGGGUGCACUACUGCUCUACAUGCUCUUUCUGCUACUGGUUGAACCCCUUAUCCGCAAGCGCGAUCCCCACACGCAGCCAUUGCACAAUGAGGUGGACUCUGAGGAGAUGCGUCCGCACGUGGACACAGGCCUGGCCAGAGGAAACACAGUGCUGGAGCGGGUCGAGGGAGCACAGCAGCGAUGGAAAAAGCAAGUCCAGGAACAGCGCAAGACUGUUUUUGACCGCCACAAGCUGCUUAGUUAAACCCUGCGGCUGACCUCAAAACAGGUUUAGAGUAGGUAACUUUCCUGGCUCAGCGCUCAUACACUGUUACCAGCUCCACUAUUACUAACCUCUCCGCCACUGCUGUGCGCUGCACCUUCUGAAUUUCAAUUUCUUCACUAAGAAACAAUUAAACACAGAUUUUAAGAGGAUGUUUAUUUUAUUUAUUAUAUGUAACAGUUGCAGUUGUGCAAAGACUGCAUGUUUGUAUCAGUCAUCUGUCAUUUCAACAGUUUGCAAUGCAACAGAUCUGGAAUGCCUUGAUAAAGUAAGUGUUUUUUGGCUAAUUAGCCAGACUGUGAAUAGCUUUUAAGCUUCGCCAUGAUAUUUUUUGUUUUACUUGCUUAUUUUGUGUAAUAUUAAGCAAGUUUCUUGUAGCAUAAUUUAAGAAGUUACCUCAGAACAGGUAAGCCUUAUGUUCCUGAAUGAUCAGUUUAGCAAAUGGGGUAGAAGGAGUACCCAGCCUGUGCUACUGCCAAGCAUUGCACACAUCCUAGUUUGGCAUUAAUUCUAAUGCAUUUAUAUAUAAACUAGUGCAUCGUCACACUGAUGAUGUAAAUAAAAAUUGUAUAUUUUGAGCUUUGUCAUUUUAAAGCUUUAACUCCGUAUGAUAGCCCAGUGUGUGCAUGUUUCUGUUUCUCUCGUGUAGUUAAACUUCAAACUCCAGUCCAAAAUUUGGCUCUUAAAGCUAUCAUCUCCGUCCAUUCAUUGGAAAGCAGCAUGUACAAUAUGUUUAAACAGGACUAUGACCUUGCUUGCUUCUUUUUCAAAUGUGAUUCUUUUGACCUUCUCCUCUGCAGUGGUUUUGCUGUGUAGGUUGUAACUAGAAGCAGCAGAAUUGGUGUUUUUCCAACCAUCUCUCCCUCUUGGUUGUACAGUGAUGACAUUCCCCUGUUAUCCCCCCCCCCAGCAAAGAGUGUUCUGGUGCCUCCUGGGAGUAAUUGCUUGGCCUGUCUCAGAUCCUUUUUUUCCCCCCCAGUAAACGGAGCCAGGACUGUAUACAAACACAUGAGGUAUUUUGAGCACACACACUGGGUGGACAGUGAGAGGGACUGAGGAAAAUAAUUUUGCUUAAUUUGACAAAAUGUGUGAUGAAUUAGAAUCAUGGACCUUUAAAGGCUGGCGAUUAACAACUUGCAAAACAGACAGGCAGUACAAAAUGUAUAUAAUUUAAUCAUUUAUCUUUAAUUUACCUGUGGAACCUGACUCAGUGAGUUAGACUAGGUCACAGUGAUGUCCUCUUAUUUGCUGUAGAAUCUGAUGGAACAGACUUUGCCAUGCAAAUAGAGAAAUGGAGAUCUGGACAUUCAACAGAGCUUUAAGACCAUCUUCAAAUCAGAUAUCUGCCAGUGGCGAAUGUAAAUCUGUAAAGCAGCUGAUAAUCUGGUCAGAUCUGUCAGGGUAAAGGAGCUUGGUGGCUUUUAAUGGCCGUCGUGCUCACCGGUCUGUGUCAGUCCCCUCACAUUCUACUAGUGAUGCUUCCUGUUGGAAAAUGUUUACAGUGAUCAUGAAAGGCGCACUGACUCACGUUGCCUCAUGCAUCAUUGUUCUGUAAUGGUUUGUUUUUAUGACUGAAGUGUUUUUGAUUGCUUCCACAUCAUUGGAGUAUUGCUCUGCUUAUAUCCAUACAUUUAGCUCAAUGUGAAAUAAAAAAGAUACUUGGUUGAGUGCAAGAUUUUCCUCGGAAUGUUUGGGAAUUUUCUCUUGGCUUCUGCAGAUUUUUCCUUGUUGGAAUCACUUCUAUUGUUUCUGGGCACUAGGGGGCAGUAGAGUACUCAACAUGUUUACCUUCUACUUACACUGUACUUUAUCAUCAAAUUAAUCCUCACACAUGGUGUUCAGCUGUUGGGAGAUCUUUGAACAAUUACACCUCUGACACAUUGAAGAUUUUGUUGUCAUACUGAAAAGUAAUGAGCCAAUCUCUGCAGCAGUAUUAUUUUAAUCCCAAAGCCAUGUGUAACAAUUUGCUUGGGGUUCUGAGAUAAUUCAGUUUAUUGGUUUCAUGUGAAUUGUGUCCUGAUGAUACUGCCAUUGUUCUAAAAAAAUGAAUGAUUUUGAGCACAUUUGACCCCCAAAACGAGGCGCCGAAGUCCUUGAUUUAGAUUUAUGUAGUUUUAGCAAAAGUAAUGUGUAACAGUGGAGCAUAGUUCAUAUUACUGAAUUAAUUAGUUUGUUUUUGCUUGCAUUUUUUAAUAUUGUGACCCAUAUUAAUUUGUUUCAUGUACACUUGAUUAUUAGUAAGUAAUAUAAAUAUUCAAAAGGAGAGCUGCACAAGAAUUCUUAUAUGCCUAGACUGUCUGUUUAUGCAUACAUGGCAAAUA